GGGACCACCGAGGGAUUGAAUGGAAGGGAGGGGAGAAAGCAGCUGGAGAGGCGAAAAAACUGAUGCAAGGAGCGGACGGGGACCGGCGAUCCUUCCCAGAGGCUUGACAGGCAGAAUGAAGUGGCUCAGGGUCUCAUCUUUGCCCACCUACUUAACUAUGCAUUUACAACAAAUUCUUUCUUCUUGAAGAUCAAGUCACUCCACAAUUGCAAGAAUCCAAAACCAGCCUUUGUGUGGAGGAGGAGAGAGGAAGCAUAACACACUAGUUGGAGCCUCUUUGGUGGAAAUGCCUCACAAGUUGGUGGGAGAAAAUGGCUUCAACUGUACCCAGAAGCUUAUUUUUUCUAACACUUCCAACCCAAUGGAGAACAACCUUUCUUUUGAUACCACCAGCCCCAAGGACUCUUGUAAUACCCCUCUGAGCAAUGGCACUUUCUACUCCAAUGCAAACAGCCCUUCGGACUCUUGCGUUAAACCCCUCUGUGAUGUGACAUCAGAAAAUGACAACCACUUCAAUGCAGGCAUUAAAUAUGUCUCCUCAGAAGGAGAGGCUCUCGUGUGUGGGUGGGGUGGCUUCACUCCAAAUUGUUUACAGUUCUUCAAUAAACCCAAAGGAGUUUUGUUCUUCCUUUGUGUAGCUUCGUUCCUCCAAGGAAUGACAGUGAACGGAUUCAUCAAUACUGUCAUCACCUCAAUAGAGAGGCGAUUUGACCUGCAGAGCUAUGAAAGUGGGCUGAUCGCCAGCUCCUAUGACAUUGCUGCCUGUGUGUGCUUGACGUUUGUCAGUUACUUUGGAGGCAAUGGGCAUAAACCGCGGUGGCUUGGGUGGGGAGUCUUGAUCAUGGGGAUUGGGUCCAUUGUCUUUGCACUGCCCCAGUUCACCACCAGCCAAUAUGAAGUACACUUUUCAGAGGACCUGGGCAUGUGCUCCUCCAAUCAGAGUGUGGGGUGCUCAGAGAGCGUCUCCAGCCUCUCAAAUUACCGCUUUGUCUUUAUGCUUGGACAGUUCCUUCAUGGAAUCGGAGCAACACCACUUUAUACCCUGGGAGUGACUUAUUUGGAUGAAAAUGUCAAGUCCAACUAUUCCCCUGUAUAUAUUGCCAUUUUCUACACUGCUGCCAUAUUGGGUCCUGCAGCUGGUUAUCUGGUUGGAGGAGUCUUUCUAAAUAUUUACACUGAAAUUGGAAGACAAAUUGAUCUGACGCCAGACAAUACCCUUUGGGUUGGAGCUUGGUGGAUCGGAUUCUUGGGUGCUGGGGCUGGUUCCCUUUUGAUCGCAAUCCCCAUCUUGGGCUAUCCGCAUCGCUUGCCAGGAUCCCAACGCUACAUUGUCAUGAGAGUUUCAGAAGCCCAUCAGCUGAAAGAUGACAGUCAAAAAACAGCUUCAGAUCCUGAUUUUGGAAAGACGGUUAAAGACCUCCCGCGGUCAGUAUUGCUGCUACUAAAGAAUCCAACCUUCAUCUUCCUUUGCUUAGCUGGAGCAACGGAGGCAACACUUAUUGCUGGCAUGUCAACCUUUGGCCCCAAAUUUCUUGAAUCCCAGUUUAGUUUAAGUGCCUCAGAAGCAGCAACCUUGUUUGGCUACCUUGUGGUUCCAGCAGGAGGAGGAGGCACCUUCCUUGGAGGCUUCAUUGUGAACAAAUUCAAGCUGCGUUGUUCAGGAAUCAUCAAGUUCUGUUUAUUUUGCACCUUGUCAAGUCUGCUGGCAAUUUUCAUCUUUUUUAUUGAUUGUCCUAACAUGCCCAUGGCUGGAGUAACCCAAAUGUAUGAUGGAAGUGACUUACUACAGGGCCACCUCAACUUGUCUUCCCCUUGCAAUGCGGAAUGUGACUGCCUUCGAGAGAUGUACAGUCCUGUGUGCGGUAAUGAUGACAUCAUGUACUACUCCCCUUGCCAUGCUGGCUGCAAGCAAGUCUCAACAAAUCAGGAGAAUGGGAAAAAGGUUUACCAUGAGUGUAGCUGUAUUCCGAGUUCUGCUUCCUCUUCAUCUGGCUUGGCUACAGCAGGGAAAUGUUCAUCUUCAUGUGAAAAGAGGACAAUUCUUCUUAUUUUCAUCUUUGUUGUCAUUCUCUUCACAUUCCUAAGCAGUAUUCCUGCUCUUACAGCUACUCUAAGGUGUGUUCCUGACCGGCAGCGGUCCUUCGCCCUAGGAAUCCAGUGGAUUGUAGUAAGGACUCUAGGUGGCAUUCCAGGACCAAUUGCCUUUGGGUCAAUGAUUGACAAAUCAUGCCUCCUCUGGCAGAACCAAUGCGGUGAACAAGGGUCUUGCUUUGUGUAUCAGAAUUUUGCCAUGAGUCGAUACACCCUGACUGCUGGCCUUAUAUACAAGGUGAUGGGAUCAUUGUUCUUUCUGCUCGCCUGCCUGCUCUACAAACCUCCUCCACCAGAAUCCAUUCCAGGCAGUUCCAACACAUCUGAAAAUGGCAACUGUGACCUCCAGAAGAACAAAUGUCCUCAUCAAUCUCAAGACAAUGUAUAGCACUUUGGAUGUGACAAGUGACUUUCAAUCAAGAUACUAUGUCAAAAGAAUAUGUAUUAGUCUUUUCCUGUAAAAUGAUUGAUAUUAUUUUAUUUUUGUUCAUACACAUAGACUUUUCAGGGUGAACAAUUCAAUGCAGUUAUGGUAUAAUUUAGUAUUUUUCUGUGGAGAAAAAGCACACCGCAAAACAAGUGCACUGGCCUUUCCACCUUGAAAUGUAGAUGUUGCCAAGAGCUUUGAGGCCUUUUCCCAUGGAGAGACAUGGGCUUGGGAAGAUCUCAGAGAAAGACUUUUGCCACCAUCUUGAUGGCUUUUUAGAAUGGACUGCCACCAUCUUGCAAUUUUCAGAGCAGUCAAAACAGUGGUGUCUAUAGGGCAGGGGACUGUGUUUCUCUUGCUUGGCCCAAUGAGGGAUUUAUUUUAGACACUGCGUUUUUGUGUGACCUCAGAAUAUCACAAAAGUUUGUAGCAUCACAGUGUUAAUUUAUUUAAAGAAGGGCUAAACAUAGCUUCAGACCAUUCCUGUACAAAGCACUUAAGACAAAAUACCACUUCUUGUGGGCCAUGUAUUCAAGUCAAUGCCAACUUCUUAUAAUGUAUGUGAGAUUUGUCUGGCCCAUUGCUGUUCCUAGCCAGAAAUUUCCAAGGCCUUUCUUGGAUCUUACUUCUUUCCCUUCCUGUUCAUCUUUCAUUGGCUGCAACGUUCUUGAUGGACUCACAUAUGUGAACCAGUCAUCACAGGUAAAGUACCACAAAUCAGUUUUUUACAGCACCUCAAGCACCAUAAUUUCCAAAGGAAGCCAUUCAUAAUUCAGCUCCAGGUCAUUGAACUAUAACUCAAGUGAUGACCGUGCAUGUGUGAAUCAACACCUUUUGACCUGCAGCAGGCCUCUUACAGCACAAUUCUUGUCUUUUCCUUCUUCCAGUAUUUUGUCUCCUGUAUUGAAUUGUCUUCCCUUAGUGCUCAUUCAGACAGCAGGUUCUCAUGCACUAUAACACUUACCUAGAAGAAAAGGAAACAUUCCAUGAAAGGCAAAUUCUUCUGAACAUCUCCUGGUCUUCUACUGGUUGCCCAAAACUAAUAGGCUCAAUGUAUUGUCGAAGGCUUUCAUGGCCGGAAUCACUGGGUUGUUGUAGGUUUUUCAGGCUGUAUGGCUAUGU